AUGGUGCUGCUAUUCUUGGAUUGGUCUGAGACCAGUAGCGGUUCUGAUGGAAAGGAGGCCGAAGUGGAAAUGGAGGGUUCAUUCCUCGUACGACUCAUAUAUGACGACGAGAUUACAUACAAUUUGGUCGAAGCGGCCGAAAGAGUAUUAAAAAUCCCUGCCAAUGAAAUCCUGGAAAUGUUUGGCGGAAUGUUUUUCGACUUUUGCCAGGAAUCGGGUUACGAGAGUAUAUUACAAGUGUUGGGCGCCUCCCCCCGCGAUUUCCUCCAAAACCUGGACGCCCUUCACGACCAUUUGGCCACAAUAUACCCGGGUAUGAGAGCGCCGUCCUUCCGGUGCACCGAAGACCCCGACACC